AUGAGUGGGCCACUGCAGAAACCCGGGGGUUUUAUUCCACGACCGCCAGGGAUGCCGCCGCUGCCACCCGGCUUUAAAAUACCGCCGGGCAUGACGCCACCGUCCGCGCCGCCCAUGCCGCCAGGAAUGGCUUCCAUGCCACCUAACUUGCGUGUGGGGGCGCCGCCACAGCCAAGAAUACAGGUUGGGAAUGACGGCUCUGCUGGUGGCGCGCCGCCCGUGCCGAUGCCUCCCGGUGGAUACACCAUGCCCCCAGGUCGUUACCCACAGCCACCUGCUCACUUGGUUCCAAGACCGCGGGGGGACGUGGAACACGGAUUUCAGAAUCAUCAGCAAUUGCUGCCACCUGGUCUCGUGCGUAACCCAAAUGAGAUGUAUGCGGCAAGAGAUGACCACGCCCCGGUGUUGUUGCCCGGUGCUGAUCCGCAUGGGUAUCCGGCAUCAUCCUACCCUCAAGGGCCGUAUGGAGGGGCUGUGGGACCUGAGGCUGGGGAUCAUCGGGGUGGGCACCUUUACAGGGGCCGACGAGAGGAUGAAUUACGAGAACCAACCAACACCGUCUGGGUAGGAAAUCUUGAUUUGCACGAGCAUACUGAGGAAGUCUUGAGAAGCGAAUUUUCUGAAUUUGGAAGGGUCAUACGUAUUGCAAGGGUUCCGGAUAAGAGUUAUUGUUUUGUGCACUUUCGUUAUGUUGAGGAGGCUCGGAACGCUGUGGAGGCACUCAGUGCACGAGGCUCUUUGGGCAGAGCGCGAUUCAACUAUGGAAAAAUGUUUGAGUAUACACAGGAGGAGUUGGAGAUGCCCAGAGAUGUCACCGGUCACAGGCCUUCUCGCCGAGGACGUGAAGAGGAUCGACAUGAUAACGAUGAUAGGCGGCGUCGAUCCCGCCGGGAGGAAGAACGCAUGGAACCCACAAACGUUUUGUGGCUGGGCGAUUUGCCUCCUACCGUCUCUAAUGAAGAGUUAAAUGAGAACUUUAAGGUGUUUGGUAAAAUUAAGACCAUUUCACGCUUGGAUAGCAGGAACAUGGCAUUUAUCCACUUUGAAACCAUUGAGGAUUGCACACAGGCUUUGGACUUGAUGCGGGAUCAGCCUAUUGGCGGAGCGCGGGUGGUAUUAAACUACGGUCGGGCGCAGCGUAACCCAACCUCCACGGAGACAGGCUUGACACCAGAUGGCAUUCCAGUCAAUGAAACUCCCACCAAUGUGGUAUACCUUGGACAGUUAGCUUCCGAUGUGACGGAGGGGGAUGUCGAGGAUUUAUUUGAGCCUUUUGAAGGGUUCAUUAAUUCUAAGUUUAUCCAAUCUAGCGGUAUUGCCUUUGGGCACUUUGAUAGCAUCGAGCAUGCACGCGCGGCCCGCAUAGCACUUAACAAUGCACUUCUGAGGGGCGCCCCGUUGCGCAUUAGUUUUGGGAAGAGCAACCACACCAUGACGAUGGCGGAUAGGAUGCGGCGAGGGAAGCCGGCUCCGCUCGGUAAUGAUGAUUCGAAUGGCGAUUUCACUGCGAUGCCGCCACCGGCUCUUGGGCUUGGCGGUGUGAUGGGGGCACUUGUGGCAGGCCCGGGGGCUCCCGCAGCUGACGCCGGAGCGAUGGUGUCGCUACCCACCAUGGGCGUCAUGGUGGGCUCGCAGGCAGCCCCGCCACCGCCGACCUUUUUCACGCGGGAACGUCCCACACCAGAGAUGACGCUUGACGCCCGCCUUCAAUCACUUCUUGGCGCCACGUAUAACAACUGCGGUGAGGCGGACAAGUCGGUGAGCCCCAGUGUUAUUCAAGCCAUUUGUGACCUCGUUGAUGGCUGCGUGGAUGAGCAGAGCAUGAAGCGGCUCGAUGACACCAUUUUUCUCUACACACCCCUCAAUUCCUCUCAUGUCUUUGGUAUAUUGGCGAAGCGCAUACAUGACUAUUUUAACGAUGAUCCGCACAAGAAGCUUCUUGUUCUGUACGCCGCCACUCGGGCUCUGCUCGGUGCCAAAACGGAUUAUCUUCUGUUCACCAAGGCGGCCCUCAAUGCGUACCUCAUGAUGCUUUUUGUUGCCAGCGAGGGGCAAACACCGGGCGGGAUGGAGAUGCUCACGUCCAUCAUUGAGAACGUUCACAGAAAUCCCUUCAUUGAGCGACAGAGGCUGGAUGCGGAGUUCAUUGAGGUCUUUCGGGAGCAGCUGGACGAGAUCCACCGUCGUGCGAAGGUGGAGCAGGACUUAGCCUCGCUGCUUACGAAGAAGAGGCGCAGGUGA